CUUGUUGUGCUCCACCCAGCCCUCAAAAAAUACCAGAGGCAAAUAGUCAAUUGACAGUUCAGUGACUGUUUUACAAGCAAUGGCAGGAAGACGUUGGUGUGGUUUGAGCACAUGCUGACACACACACUCUCCCCCUCACACACACCUAGUGAAGCGUCUGUUUUGGAGCAUGCUAAAACAGAUCACUCUUUCAUGCUGAACCAGGCUGACUCUGUGUACCUUUGCUCCCCAGUGGUGUUUACCUCCUCUCUGCGCUGCUCUCUCUGCCACGUCAAAUGACUGCCUGGGUGCUUGGCUCGCUCCUCUGGGAGCCUCACGGCCGAAACAGCCUGACUGUGGUCACUCUGCUCUGGGUUUGAGGAGCGAGGAAACAACUGGCUUUAAAGCUUCAUACCAGCUCAGGACUUUGAUUCUUCGGCUGGUAUUUUGGCUGAGUCUGACUGUGCACUGGAGCUCUGCUGGCAGUUGGGAGAUAAACGGAUGUGUUCAGGUCUGUGGAGUCAGUCAGACUGAGGACUCACCUGAGGGAGAGCAGCUGUUGGAAUCUGAAGUCUGUCUUUUUUUAUUGGUGCAGCUGAAAAAUGAGUGGAUUUCUCUAUAGGGGAAGGCACUGUGGUGCGGAGAAACGGGCCAGGCCAAAGAGCAUCGGACCAAUGAUGGAUUUCUCUUGUGAUGAGACAGAUAAAGGCCCACCAGUACAGAUGCACAGCCUCAGAGAGUUUGAACAGCACCUGAACGACCUGAAGAAGGAGAACUUCAGCCUGAAGCUCAGGAUCUACUUCCUGGAGGAGAAGAUCCAGCAGAAGUUUGAGGAGAGCAGCGAUGAUGUGCACAGGAGGAACAUCGAGUUGAAGGUUGAAGUGGAGAGUUUGAAAAAGGAGCUUGAGGACAAACAGCAGCUUCUGGACAAAGCACUGCUGACGGCUGACAGCCUGUCCAAUCAGAAUGAAGCAGAGCUGCAGCGUCGCCUGGCCGAGCGACAGGAGGAGAUCAGCCACAUGCAAGAAAUCCUGGAGACCAAAGUUCAGCUGCUACAAGAGGAGGCCGAGCUGGCUCGAGGUGAGGCUGAACGGAUGGCCUCGCUGGCGGACUCGGAGUCUCAGCGCUGCCUGGCUCUGGAGAGAGAGAUGGUGGAGAGGAUGGAGGAGAGCGGAGGCUCAGGUGGACUGCUCAUCCAGCAGGCCCUGGCUGAUAAAGACAGGAUGAUUGAGGAGUUGACGCAGGAGAAACAUUCCCUGGGUCUCCGGGUCGAGGAGCUUGAGGUCAAAGUUCAUGACCUUUCCUCCUCUCUAAAGAAGAAGGAACGAGGAGCUGAGAGUCGGGCUGGUCGUGGAGUUAACGCUCAGCUGCAGCGGCUGAUUGACGAGCAGCAGGGUCAGCUGAGUCAGUAUGAGAGUGCUGCAGGUCAGUGUGUUGGUGAGCUGCAGAAAGCCCAGGACCAGGUCCGCUCGCUGCAGGCCAAGAUCAGAGAGAGCGAGACCAGGAACCAGAAGCUGCAGGAGCGUCUCGGUGAGAUGGAGCUGGAGCUGCGGUCAGCCCGAGAGGAAGCACAGCGACAAGAGCGAAACAUCCAGAACAUCAGUGAUACCGUCAACUCCAAGGAGGCAGAGGCUGCAGAGCUGUACAGGGUGAUUGAGGAGCAGAAUAAGAUGCUGUGUUCUCUCAAAGAGCUCGCCAACCGCAACCAGCUGCAGCAGCUGCAGGUGUCCGGGGCAGAGAGCAUCCGCGGUCAGGGUGAGGUUCUGGCUCUGCAGGCCUCUCUCUUCCAGGCUCAGCUGGAGCUGCAGGCCGGCCAGCGGGCACAGCGGCAGGCAGCCAGGACUCAGGAGGACCUGAGCCGGGCCCUGCAGAGGCUGGAGAAAGAUCUGCAGGGGGCGCUGCAGCACAGGAGGGAGACGGAGAGACACAACCAGGAGCUGCAGCUGGCUCUGGAGAAGGCUCGAUCGGCCCUGCAGGAGAGAGAGGAACGGCUGAGAGAGGACGAGCAAGAGAAACAGAGGGAGAAGGAGGAGAGGGAGAAGACCAUCAGAGAGCUGAGGACGUCUCUACAGACCAAAGAACAGCUGCUGGAGGACUACUGUGAGCUGCUGGAGGAUCCAAAGGAGAAGAGAGACUCUCUGCUUCAGAAACUCCGACAGCGCAUCAAGGAGAGAGAUCGAGCCCUGGAGCGAGCAGUGGAUGAGAAGUUCCGCUGUGUGGAGGAGAAAGAGGAGGAGAAUCGUCGGCUUCAGCUGCUGCUCAGAGAGAAGGAGAGAGACCUGGAGAGACAGCGCUGCGUCCUGGCCAACAACGAGGAGACCAUCACUAGCCUGGAGGUGCUGGUGCGAGGUAAAACUCUGGAGCUGGAGCAGGUGUGUGACGCCUGGAGGAACGUUCAGCGGCAGCAGCAGGAGAGCGAGGAGACGCAGAGCCGCGUCCUGAGAGAGAGAGAUACCAUCAUCGGCCAGCUGCAGGGGGCGCUGCACGCUCGCACACAGGAGGCGCAGGAUCUGCGCUGCUCCCUGCUGGCUCAGAUCCAGUCCGCUCCCAGUGACGUCCUGGAGGAGCUGAAAGUCCGCCUCCAGCUCAAAGAUCGCCUCUUCCAGGAGGUGCUUGCCGACCGCACCCGUCAGGCCCAGGAGCACCAGGACCAGGUCCAGGGUCUGCUCACAGCCAUCAGCUCCAGGGACCAGUACAUUAAGGACUCUGCGAGCCGGCUCGAUGAGGUGAUGACCGAGCAGACGUCCAGGCUCCAGGAGCUCCGCAGACAGCUGAGCUCAGGCCUCGGAUCGAGGUCUGACUCUGGACCGGACUCGGCUGUGGAGCUCCAGGCGGUGCAGGAGGAGCUGCGUCUGGCCCUGAGGAGGGAGAGGGAGAACCAGGAGCUGAGCAGGAGUCAGGCUGCCAGGCUGGACUCCCUCAGCAGGACUCUGCAAGUGAAGGAGGAGCUCAUCAGGGACUUCCAGAGGCAGAUGGUGGAUCCUUCAGGCCUCCCACUGGUUGAGCGACUGACCCAGGAGGUUCAGGAGCUGAGGGAGAGCCUGGUCCAGCAGGGCGGUCCCCCGGCCAGAGGCCCCAUCCUGGGCCGGGACCGACCCAACGGCAGGCAGCCUGAGUUUGGAGAGCUGAGCUCAGAGGAGGAAGACGAGGCUGAUGAUGAUCUGAACAGCGAGUACACUGAGAGUGUUGAUGAAGAGGAGUCCAAACUGAGGGUCCAGUCUCUGACCAGCACCAAGGGUCCAGGAAAGUCUCUGUCACAGGACCAGUUAUUUGAAGGCCAGGGGCUGAUGGAGGUCAAACAGCUGGUGGAGCAGAAGAGGGCCGUGGAGAGAGAGCUGGGAGAGCUGAAGGCUCAGCUGGAGAAGGCCGGCUUCUCCUCACUGUCACAGAUGAGGAAAGCUCUGUUCAGCCUACAAGCAGAGAAUGAAGAGUUGAAGCAUCAGCUGACUGAGGCGCAGCCUGACAGCAAACAGAGCAACGACCAGAAGGUGCUGGAGGGUGAAGAGGAGGAGGAGGAGGAGGAGGAGGAGGAGCUGGAUGUGACCAUAGAAGGGGUGGAGGAAGAGGAGGAGGAGGAGGAAAGCUCGGAGAUGUGGGAAACCUGGGAUACUGAGCUGUCUCUGUCACAGACCAACAUCCAGACCAGUGACGAGCAGAGGACGAGCAGAGCCGCCAGACCCGACUCACUGCACCUGUGCACCGCCUCCGCACAGGUUGAGGACCUGGACAGUGAGCAGCUGUCCAGCAGGUGUGAGAGGACGGUUCGUCUGCAGCAGAAGAGCAAAGAGCUGAAGGAGAGGCUGAUGGUGUCUGAGGCCACAGUGCAGGCCCAGGCCGAGCAGCUCAAAGACUACAGGGAGCUGCUCACGGAGACGACAGUGCAGCAGGACAGUAAGCAGAUCCAGGUGGACCUGCAGGACCUGGGCUACGAGACCUGCGGCCGCAGCGAGAACGAGGCCGAGAGGGAGGACACCAGCAGCCCAGAGUUUGAUGAUCUGGAGAUGUGUACGUCUCUUGACUGUGGUUCCCAGUGGUGGCCUGCCAGCAGCAGCAGCAGCUCCACCUUCACUAAAACCACCGGAGACGAGGUGUCGUCUCUGCAGCGUCUUGUCGAGGACCUUCGCUCGCAGCUGUCUCGCUCUCAGGGAGUGAUCCGAGGCCUCCAGAGCCGCCUGCGUUCCCUCUCCACCUCCAGCGACUAUCGGACCUCCACACCUCGCAAGGUCAACUGGUCCUUCCAGGCCUCGCCCUCACAGAGCGGGACAGAGGACGACGAGGGCUGGCAGUCGUCCGACGGAGGUCCGCUGGCUUCGCCUCGUCACCCCCACCCAGACAAAGGCCUCCAGGAGCUGGUGUCACGUGUGGAUGCACUGGAGAACCAGCUGAGGAAAGGAGGCAAGCAGUCUGUGGAGCAGGACGCAAAGUCUGCCACCUGGCCGGGUAAAUUUGACACUCUGAUCCAGGCUCAGGCCAGAGAGCUGUCUCACCUCCGUCAGCGGCUGAGGGAGGGUCGGGGCGUGUGCAACAUCCUCACCCAGCACCUGGGAGACACCACCAAGGCCUUCGAGGAGCUGCUGAGGGCCAACGACAUCGACUACUACAUGGGCCAGAGCUUCAGGGAGCAGCUGGCUCAGAGCAGCGCUCUGGCACAGAGAGUCAGCGCCAAGAUGAGUGGACGAGAUCAUCCUGAAGAUCCAGAUGAGAAGACAGAGCUGCUCGCCAUCCGGCUCAGUAAAGAGCUGCAGCAGAAGGACAAAGUCAUCGAGUCUCUCCGCGCCAAACUAAACCAGCAUCACCACCACAACCAUCAUCAUCACCCUCAUCGUUCUGACACGCCGUGCAGCAGCCACGCCCUCUCCGACACCACCGACCAGUCGGAUCGCAUCUCCUACGUGUCUGAUGAGCAUGGAUCCACCAACGAGGACCUGGAGCUUUGCUCCGACGUGGACGCUGCCAGCGAGCUCGGUCAGGAGGAGGCUCGGACCAGAGUCAGCACAGAUUGCCACUCUCACUGUAGCAGCGUGUCACGCCAUUCGUCUGUCCCUCCAUCCAUCACCUCAUCCCACAGAACCCACACCUGCCACAGCUGUCCCAGCAUGCAAUGCCCCAGCUCGCCACACAGACCUGCAGACGUGCAGAGUCAGACAGCUCCAGCCUCACUCUUCACUUCUGCCCCGCUCCAGCCUCCUCUCUCCUCUUCUGCCCAAAGUGCAUCCUUGUCCUUCCAUCCCCUCCCCGCCACCCCACGAACCCGUUACCGAGGCAGCGGGGGAGUGGGUUUCUCCCUGGCUGAGGUGCACCAGGAGCUGCAGAUGUUACAGAGGCAGCUGGGAGACAGUGAGAGGUUUUCCACUCCCCAGUCCAAACCUCUUCAAGGUUUCCCUUUUACCCACCAGCAGUCGGACCCUUCCACCUUCUUGCCUCUCUCCUUCCAUGGAUACCAGCCUUCUCCUUUCGGCAGCGCUGCGAGCAGCAGCAGCCUAGAUGCCAGCUUAGCAAUGAAAGCUGGGGCCAGCCUGCUGGAGAGCAGUGCUUUGUUUGAUGUGGCCUAUGGUGCUCGACCAGUGCGACUUGGAGCUGACCUGUCGUCAGGAUCAUCAGGGUACCAGUCAGGCACCAGCCACACAGGUUCAGACCUGAUGAAGGAACAUCUGAGAGAGGUCAGGAGUCUGAGGCAGAGACUGGAGGACUCCAUCCAGACCAACGACCGCCUCCGGCAGCAGCUGGAGGACAGACUGGCCCGCACCGCCUCAGAGAAAGGUGCUCCUACCAACAUCUACAUCCAGGGUCUGGACUCGGUGGGCCAGCUCUCCAGUGAGAUCAGACUUCUGAAGGAGGAGAACGUCAGUCUGCAAAACCAGCUGAAACAGGCCACCAGAGAGGGCAGUAAGGAGGUGGAUCAGCUGAGGGAGGCGGCGCUCCUGGAGCGGGCCAGGUUGAAGGAGGCGGAACUAGAGGUGGAGAGGUGGGCGGAGCAAAGCAGGAAGCUACAGGCUGAGGCUGAAGCUCACAACCUGGAGAUCACACAACUGAAACAGGACCGACAGAGGAACCAGGAAACCAUCAACAGACUCCAGCACGACGUGAGCGUCCUCCAGCAGCAGCUGUGUGAGAGCCGCAGUCUGGUCCACUCUCUUCAGUGUGAGCUGCAGGUGUACCACAGGGUGGGCGGAGUCACCAACAACACACACUCAGGUCGGGUCAGUGACAGUGUCCAGACGGGACACAGCGCUGCCACCUUUGACCCCAGAGAGCUGCACAUUCAGCUGGAGCAGCAGCUGAGCGGACAGCCUGCAGCCAGGAGGCAGCUCUUCAACGACAACGUUCCCUCUCCACCUGUAAGAGACACUGGACUCGUCAGUCCUUCCUCUCCUCUGCGUUCUGUGCAGAAACAUGCAGAAGAAACUGCAGCCUCGACCCCGCAGGGCCAAGUUCCAGACGGUUCCUUCGCCAACUGUCACGGCCGCCACGCGGUGGGCCACAUCGACGACUUCAAGGCUCUGCAGCAGCAGAUCCUGGAGGGCAGUGCCCUGCUCUGCAAGAUGGAGGCAGCCCUCCAUUCCCUGACUGUCCCAGCCCUGCAGGAGUUCAGUCUAGACUCUGGUUCAGUGAGGAAGCUGCUGUCUGACACUAAAACCCUGCGACAGAUCCUGGAGGAGGCCGACUCUCUGCUGCGGAUGUUCUGGAGGGCGGCUCUGCCAAACUCUGAGGAAACCAAACAGGAUCAGUCUCUGAGGGAGGAGGUCGUCUCUCUCCGUCUGAGGCUCUCAGAACAAGAGGAGGCUCUAAAGGACGCCAUGGAGAGAGUGAAGAGCUCCAACCGCACCAAAGAUAGCAUGGAGCACUUUAUAGUCAGCCAACUGUCGAGAACACGGGACGUCUUGAAGAAAGCCAAGACGAACUUACAGGAGAACGAGCUCAGGAUUUCCUCCCUGCGCCGAGCUUCUCUCUCCCUCCCCCCUCCCUCCCACUCCUCUUCCUCCUCCUCUUCCUCCUCUUCUUCCUCACACCCCUGGUCUGUUAAAGGACAAAACACAGGAGGCUUCUGGGAGCUCUCCUCUCCUCGUUGGAGUGUCGUGACUCCCCAAACAUCCUCCUCCAUCUCCUCCUCCUCCUCCUCCUCCUCCUCUGCUGUCCUGGCACCUGCUCACCACCAGCGCCCCCUGCAGGCAGUCUUCCUGUAGUGCACCAGCCCAGAGUUCCUCGUCAUCGUCAUCAUCGUUGUUUCCUGUUCAAACGGAGAAUGCUGGAAAUUCUGGCUCUCGUAUCGUCAGGAGAAACAUUUCAGUUGAGUGAUGUUGUUUGUGAGUGUGUGAUGAAUGUUUGUGUUGUUGGGUUUCUGCUGGAUGAUGAUGGUUUAUGGGUGUGAAUGAUUGUAAUUGUUUUAGGUGUAGGUGUUGUGAGACCUUUAGUUGAGGCCGACAACUGAAGUGUUUUUCUCAUUUAUAUGAGACCAGUCUGAGUUCGGCUGAAGUUGACUUCUGAUUAAGCCUUUUAUCAGUUUUCACAAAAUACAAACACCAGGUUUAAAACAGUGUUGGGACUCUCGGGGGUAAUUUAGCUCAGGUGUGUUAAGUCUGGCUGCAGCAUUUUUUGAUGUAGACCUGGUCUAAUGUGGUCUAGGCAGCAAAACAUUUUUCAGAAACUGGCUUUUUAUAAGAUAUCUAGUCCCUGUUUGACACUGACGGUUUAAAAACAAAUUCUCCCUUAAGUUUGCCAUCGACUUGCGAACCAGCGGCUGCUGAUCAGACUCCAACUUCAGCCUUGUUCUUCAGCAGGGAUUCAAGAAACAGAAAUAAAAAUCCACUUGAUGCCAGCAGGACAAAGGAGGCUUUGAAAAAGCCAAAACCAAACUGCAAAGUGCUUCCUCUCAGCUUCUGUUGAAGCUUGUGUUUGUAGUUAGUGUGUAGCGUAGUUGCAUGUGGUUUGAGCAGCUUGUGGAAACAAAGCCAUACUCUGACAGUACAGUAGAUAUGUUUUUGUUUUGUCCUAAUUGUAUGAAUAAUGUCAUAAAAAUGGCCAACUACUGAUAAAAGGAAAAACAGCGUAGAUAUAGCUGGUAGAUGGUGUUCUCUUGCAUUUACUGUCAAAUAAACACCAACAUAGGAUUUUUCUCUCACUGUCCACAAACUCCACAGUGUUACUGUUAGAUAUGGAGUCAGUUCUCUGAGGAUAUUCUCUUUAAAAAAGGGUCCAACCCAGUUCUUCCUGCUGAAACACGGACCUGCAGUGUUGGAAAAGCCUUCUGAUGAAGCUGCUGUGCUGUGCAGCAUCUUAGUAAACCAGUGUUAAUGAAAACAAGCACAUGUUACAGACUGCAGUCAUCAGGCUGCUCAGCAGUUUGUGUGAUGCCUUCAGUGACCUGUCAGACAAUCUGUCAUGGAAAGAAAUGAAUUUUUAGUGCACGGUCCAAAAGAUGACAUUUCAUUUUUGUGACUAAAAAAUGGACCAGGCUUUUAUCUUUUUAAAAAAAAUCUUUUUUUUAUCCUUUAGGUGUUUUUCUUUCUUUUUUGUGCUAAAUUUGUGAAUCUUUUUAUGGUUGAAUUUCCCUCAAGAUGACAAUCACUUCUGGAAAAAUUGAGAUAUUUUCUCUAAAACGUCUGCAGGACGCUGACAUUCACUGUGCAAACAAACUUUUCUGCAGUUAGCUGUAAUAUCACACUGGCUUCUAAAACUUUUAUCCCCCUUUUUUAAGUUUUAGUACAUUUUUCUGUACAUUAAUAGACCUGUUUCUUUUUGUGCAUGAACUGUGGCUUCACUGCCCUCUACUACUUUUACUGAAAUAUGCAAUUUUUGGGUUCCUGUGCAAUAUUACCUUUGUGGUUGCUUUUUGUUGAUGUAUUAGGCCUGGGUAUUAAAGUGCCAUCAUCAGUGUCAUCUGUUUUAGGAUUUAAAUAAUUUUACUGAAGCAGUUUUCUGGCCCUCUCAUUUCUGGCUUAAUAUGAAUCAGAGCUUUAUAUACAACAUGAAAAAGCAAAGUCACAGCAGAAAAAAACACUGUAAUGAUUUGUUUGUUAAGCAAUAAGAUGAACCAAAGUGAGCAACUUGUAUGUUGUCAAAUCAGGUGUAAAAUCAUAAAGUUAAAAUAAUCUUUUGUGUAAUUCCCCACAGGUCAAAGGUCAAACUCCGUGUCUUUCUUAGUGUCUUUGUGGUCUUAGGAACCACAGUUCAUGUAUGUAAAUAUUAAAGGGAGUGUGUACAUCAGUGCUGUGAGAGAAGAGAUGGUCUUUGGUUAAAGACUGGCUGUAUUUUUAUGCAUGUUCUCUUUAAUAAAAAUGAUUUGGGUUAAAAAGAAAGAAAAGAACCUUUUCAAUAAAAGGGGACAAAACA